ACGAGACCAGUGAAGUUUAGCAAAACAUGGUCGCGAGAGAGUAGCAUGUGGACGAAAAACUUGAGUUGACGUUCAGAGAAAAAUAUUUUUAUCUUUCGUUUUAAAGGUUCAGAGAAGCAGCGGAACUGACGAUAUGAACGUUCCGGAGCGUUACCCCGCGCCGGACUUCAGCUGUCCCCGGCCGAGCUCCAUUCAGCUCCCCGCGCAGCAGCAGCAGCAGCAGAAGCCCCGCUCCAGCAGCUUCCACCCCAGCAUGUGGAGCUGGGGAGAGACGCCGUCCGAGCCCGGCUGGAGCUGCGGCGUCAACCCGGGCUGGGAGUACAGAGAGGCGGGUUACAGCUUCCCUCCAAGCGCGGGGAACUACGGACAAACACACCCUUACUCUCAAAACUUURGACAUCAGUGGCGUCCAGGUGGAAGACAGAGCUGCAGGCCUCAUAAUCAACGUGGGAAAAAGCCGAAGAACAAGAAAGAGCCGGAGUAUUCUCACUACUGUGACACGUGUGACCGCGGCUUCGAAAACCAGCCCAAGUACGACGAACACGUUUCCCAACACGUCAAGUGUUCCAUACAUGAUUGUAACUUCAUGGCCCAUGAGAAGUUAGUAGCCAUACACUGGAAAAACAACCAUGCUCCAGGAGCUAGAAGAAUCAAACUGGACACGCCAGAGGAGAUCACUAAAUGGAGAGAGGAGAGGCGCAAGAACUAUCCAACGCUUCAGAAYAUUGAGAAGAAGAGGAGAGUGCUGGAGGUGCGGGAGCAGRCGGGAGGUGUUCUUGAGACGGCUCAGUUUGGACGAAUGAGGGGCAGGGGCAGAGGCAGAGGUCGAGGGUGGGGUAACAGAGGGUUCCGAGGGCGACGCCCACAAGGAUCCAACCCAGCYGACCACAGCUCUACAGAGACACCCAAACCCUUCAACCCUCCCUCUAGAAAAGGRGAUCCACUGGGUGCACUGGCCAGCAGUGACCACGACUCAGACAAAGAGGACCACGCUCCAGAAUCCAAGAUGGCUGGAGUCGUGGUGGCCCCUAAACACAUGAGCUCAGCUCUCGGCUCCCUGAUGGCCAACUACGGCUCCAUGACGGAAAGUGAUUCAGAACCAGAGGCCGGACAUCCGCCAUGAGAGGAACGUCCUCCUGCAGUGUGUGCGCUACGUCGUCCACAACAACUUCUUUGGUGUGGAGAGCAAACCUGAGGGGUUACAGAGCAUGAGGAGCACGUCAGCCUCCAGAACAGGAGGAGAAUCAGAGAAAGCCUCUCCUGGUGGUGAGGAGGGACUCACAGYURGAAAUGUAAAAGUUAAAGAAAGAAGUGAAGCUGUUAGCCAGGACCCAGGUCUGCAGAGAGACAGUUUUUGCUCGGAUACAUCCAGCCAUCCUCAAACUGUACAGAGUGUUGACAGGACUGAAGGUGAUUCUAUCAACCAUGAAGAGACCACUGACAAAGACCACCACAGUUAUAAUCUGACCAUCACAGAUGAAACCRCACCUGCUUUCUACACGUAUGAUGAUGAGAUAUGGGAAAGUARCGGAGCCGUUCAAUGAAAUCAGACAUGAAACUGACACAAAUGUUUUCUUUAUUGCCUUUUAUGUUUUAUUAUGUAAAAACCCAAAUUGUAUAAUAAAAACUAUGUUCCACAUUUUAA